AUGGCUGGCGUAAAGAGAUCGUUGGCCGCAAUGAUGGCCGACGAAAGAUUGCUCUCACCAUCCAUAGAUCCAUCAGACUCUACCGCUCGCUCUCAAUCCGCCAGAACUUCUGCUGCUAGCAGCGAAUACGCUACCAGAGCGCCGUCGCCUGCUUUACCAUCGUUUGAUGGCAACAUGCCCAAGUUUACUCCGGAUGCCUCAAUCGUUUUUAUCGGCGUUCGUGGCGCUGGCAAGACGACACUUGCCAUCAUGGCAGCAUCCGCUUUGAAAAAGAGAAUCAUUGAUGUGGAAACCGCUUUCCAGCGCGCGACUAGCUUCUCAAGUGCCUCGUAUAGCAAGGUGCAUGGCCCUACUCAGUGUCAAAGGAAGCAAGGAGAAGUGCUACAAGACGUGCUUCAAAGCAAUGACAGCGGUUGCAUCAUUGUGUGCUCAUGGAUGGAGCGACGUGUUCAGGGUCUUUUACGACAAUUUGCGACAACUAACCCUGUCGUACAUAUCAUGAGGAGCAAGGCAGCCGUGCAAGAGCAUUUAAAGGUAGAAUCUGGGAUCAAGUGGGCGACGUUCUGGAGCACAAGCAAUGCCUUCUUUCGCACAUGCUCGAAUCUGGAAUUUUUCAAUGUCUCUGAGUCAGCGGCUACCGAGCAAAUCCAGCCAUCCAUCCGCAAGUCGAAUAUGGCGGACCUACCUCCAUAUCUAGCAUUGAAACAGGCCGAAAGGCACCUGCUCAAAUUCCUCUCACAAAUAUACCCGGCUGGUACCAUCCCUUUCUUUGAAUCAGCAUAUCCAUUGGCCAGCGUUGCUACAGACGAGCGUCAAUUUACAUAUGCCGUGGAGCUAUCUGUUGAAGAUAUUAACCAAGAUGGUGUGGAUAUCGAAGGCUGUUCAGCGGGCGCCGAUGCAGUGCAAAUAACCGUUGGGAACAUCCAAAACGAAUGGACAAACAGUACAUACCGCGAGGAAUACACCAAAAUGGCCAAUGACAUUACUGAAGCUGUUGGCUUGGUACGAAGGAGCAGCGUCUUGCCCAUUAUUGUCCAUAUUGACCAUCCCCAAUCGGCGUCCACCACAACGACUUGUUUCUAUCUUGACCUCCUUUCACACGUGUUGUCUUUGGCCCCUGAAAUGAUGACGGUGGACUUGCGACUAGAUGAUGUCGCCAUCUCAAAGUUGUCAACUCUAAAGAGAAGCUCCAAGUUGAUUGGCAAUUACUCUCCAGUCGAAAACUUCAAUUCUUGGACAUCACCAAAGUGGAUGUCGCUAUACCAGCGAGCAGUCCAGCUGGACUGUGAUCUCGUCCGUUUCAUUCGCCCAGCUACAACCAUGAGCGACAACUUCGAGGUUUCCCAAUUUCGGUCAGCUGUUGCAUCACUUCCAGAUACCCACGUACCCAUCAUAGCAUACAACUCGGGAUUAUUGGGUAGACACUCAGCCUGCCUAAAUCCCGUCUUGACCUUGGUUUCAGCAAAGCCACACUCCCCAUAUGAUCCGAAACGGGAUGCGUCAAUCUUGACAGCACAGACUGCGACAAAUGCGCUGUAUUCAAGCUUCUUGUUUGACUCUAUGAAACUCUAUGUAUUCGGCGUCAACGUAAGCUACAGCAUGUCGCCGGCAAUGCACAAUUCUGCGUUGGAAGCAUGUGGCGUUCCACAUCGAUAUGAGCCGUACUCGACGAAUUCGCUGAGCCAGGUAACGCAUCUGAUACAUGAUGCCAAUUUUGCCGGCGCAUCGAUAGGGUUGCCCUUCAAAGUUGAAUGCAUCACAUUGGCAGACGCCUUAAGCCCUCAUGCUCAAGCUAUUGGAGCAAUCAACACCAUGGUCCCUAUCCGCCAACUAAACGACGAUGGCACAAUCCCGACGGGUUCCGCCUUCUUCCGGGGAGUCAACCGGGCUGGCCCCGUGCGGGCGAUUUACGGUGAGAAUACGGAUUGGAUAGGUAUUCGGGCAUGCAUUCGCCGAGGACUAUCGCCUGCGAAUGCUGUUCGACCAGCCUCGUGCGGUCUAGUUAUUGGCGCUGGAGGCAUGGCCAGAGCGGCUGUUUACGCCUUGCUGCAGGUUGGCGUCAGAAACAUUGCCAUCUAUAAUCGAACGGUAGAAAACGGGAAGAGGUUGGCAGCCCACUUCACACAGCUAUUGCAGAAGAAGGAGUUUGCAGGGCUAGGUGCGGGAACGAACACAAAAUUCGAAGUGUUUACUCAGCUUCACGACACUUGGCAGUCAGAGUUCCGUUUGCCCUCCAUCAUCAUUUCAUGCAUCCCUACUCACCCAAUAGGCGAUGCUCCCUCUCCCGAGUUCAAAUUGCCGGAGCCAUGGCUGGGCAACCAGACGGGAGGCGUGAUUGUCGAGCUUGGAUACAAGACCCUAAACACACCACUGUUGCAACAAGCUAUGGAGCACGCAGAGCAGGGGUGGAUCGCCAUGGACGGCUUAGAUCUGCUUCCAGACCAAGGCUUUGCGCAAUUUGAGCUAUUCACGGGGAGACGAGCGCCAAGAAGAACGAUGAGGAAGGCCAUAUUCGAGAAUUACCCAGACCAGUAUGGGAGGUCUAAUCCGGAGGAGCUGCGGCGCAGGCUCCAAACCAUGGUGGAAUGA